AUGUACGCUGAACUUGGUGACUCACACCGACCGUUGAGCGACGGAGACGGUGCCAAUACGGUGCCGUUUGCACAGUACGCCCGCGCUGCACCCUACUUGACCGUUGCUUCCUCCUCGCCUCGACAUAUUUCUCACCCUCCAACAUACACCACGAGCGGCCCUCCUCCGCAUCAUCCAUCCUCCUCUUCCCCAAGCACCUCACGAACCGAGUCGCCUUCUUCCGGCCGCAGCAGCGAAAGGCGCCCGUCCCCCCUUGGUGACGAAUCGCCGUGGUGGUCCUUGCUGUCCGCCGCAGCGUUAGUCGAGCCGGCCGAGUGCCAACUUUCCAGUCACGAUUCGUUCCAUUCGUUCGUCGGUCCGCUCGCAGCCGCCGUCGACCGUACGACGCACCCGCAGCAGCUGCUUCUCAGCCACCAAGAUAUCUAUCCUUCGCUAGAGGAGCCAUCUCUUUCUCUUCCCGCCAUCUGUGACGAACUUUGGGACUGCUUCUUAACCGCAUCGGAUAUGAGUCUCGUUGCGUCGGCACCUACCGGUACCAUGGUUCAGAACGGUACGUCAAGCCAACGCCGGUACAUGUCUGAACAGCGUGCCAACAUGGACCAUCAUGUAGCCGGCGGGCCAUCUCUUCACCAACACCAUCACGACAACAUUUCUCCCAACGGCCUUUCAAUUUUGGAUACUUUCAGCCUCGACCACCUGAUGAGUUCGCCACAUGUACAUGACGACACGACCUCGUUGAACGCCAUGGCCGAUGCCUCUACUUUGUUUGCCUCGCCCGAGCCAAUCGUACCACCAUCCACAUCUGCCACGCCCCUGUCUCUACCGCUGCCUCCCAUGCACAUCGCACAUGCUCAAAAACCGUCCGGAUCACCGUCUUCCUCGAAUGAGGGAAUCAAGGGAAACCCCAAGCAGCCGCCGGCUGUGCGCACCGAGCGAGGUGAUGUCUCGUCGCUGAAGCGCCAUCGCAACACCAUGGCCGCCCGCAAGUCCCGCCAGAAGCGCCUCGACCACAUUGCCGACCUCGAGCACACGCUAGGCGAGGUCAGCCGAGAAAGGGAUGAGUUGCGGUUGCAGUUGGCCCGGAGAGAGGCCGAAGUUGAGACGCUGAGGGAGGCGUUGAGGGGGACGUCGCGACCAUGA